GGUUCUUCCCUCUAUAAACAAGUCUAGACCUCAAGUGUGAACAACCACAUAAAAAUUUUCUCAAUUAGUAAAGCAAAAAACACAGGUAACCAAAGUUGAGAGAUGGGAGAUGUUAAGUUGCUUGGUUUAUGGUACAGCCCUUUUAGUAAAAGAGUUGAAUGGGCUCUUAAGACUAAGGGUAUGGAAUAUGAAUAUAUAGAAGAAGAUCUACAAAAUAAGAGCUCUCUACUUCUUCAAUCUAAUCCAAUUCACAAGACAGUUCCUGUGCUCAUUCACAAUGGCAAGCCCAUUUGUGAGUCAAUUGUCAUUCUCGAAUACAUUGACGAGACAUUUGAAGGCCCUUCCAUCUUGCCUAAAAACCCUUAUGACCGAGCUUUAGCUCGUUUUUGGGUUAAAUUCUUUGAUGAUAAGGUGCCAGCAAUGAGGAAAAGUAUCUUUCUCAAAGGAGAGGAGCAAGAGAAAGCUAAAGAGGAAGUUUGUGAGAUGUUGAAAAUUCUUGAAAAUGAGCUCAAGGACAGGAAAUUCUUUGUUGGUGACAAAUUUGGAUUUGUUGAUAUUGCUGCAAAUGCUACGGCACUUUGGUUUGGAGUUCUUGAAGAAGUAUCUGGAAUUGUUUUGGUAACAAGAAAAAAAUUCCCAAAUUUAUGUGCUUGGAGAGAUGAAUACUACCUCCAAAACAGAGAAUAUUUACCUCCAAGAGAAAAAUUGCUUGCACAUUACCAAGUUUACAUUCAACGUACUGCUGCUGCUUCAAAAUGAGCACACCUCUAGUGAAUUUUAAGAUUUUGUUUGGCAAUAAAAAAAAUAGAGAUGAUUUUAUGAUGAGUUUUUGUUAAUUCAAUUUGAAAUUGAAUUUAGGUUGAACUAGGGGUAUGUAAUUGAAAAAAUAUUUAAGAAAUAUGCAUGUUAUAAGAUUUAUCUGUAUUUCAUUAGUUAAUUAAUGGAGUAUAAAUCUUGGAUUCACGUAUGAA